AAUAAAUAAAUUUAGUGAACUUCAUCUUAUAUAGAUUCAUCACUUGGGAGAUAAGUAUUUAAAGAAAGAAUUUAAAAAAUAAAUUAAUUAAUUAAAUGAUGUUUAUUAAAAUUAAAUUAGAACCUCAGAAUUUAAAGGCUCUUUCCGCACUUAAGAAUAUUUCGUAUUUUUCUAUUGAUGAUGAUGCAACCAUUAGUGAUUUAAAAAUGAAAAUUGAGGAAUUUGUUGAUGUUCCAGCCGAACAUCAAGAAUUGCGUACGUUGACAAAAGUUUUCCAAAAUAAUUGGAAUGUAAAGGAUGUGUGCGAUGUACGGGGAUCGGCGAUAAUGCUAUAUGCCUAUGAUGAAUACUAUGAGUAUGAGGAUCCUCAAUUUGUAUGUUUCCUACAAGUUUAUACUAAUGAAUUGGCUGCUCAGCAGCAGGAACUUGAACAGCGUUCUAAAGUGGUGACACCUUCAAGUUCCACAUCAUCCAUUACACUGAUUGCCGAUUCGGAUACAGAGCAAGAUUCUGAGGGAACGAAUAGUGAAACGGAUUCAUGUAAAUUGAGUGAUUCAGAUAGUGAAGGCAGUAGUAGUACGGAUUCAUCUUGCGGCAAAAAACGCAGUAAACAUGAAAGGAAAAAUAUUGUUAUACAAAAUAAAAAAUUAAAGGUUACAGUCCCUUCUUCGGAAACUGUAUGCCAAUUUUUAGAUGAAUUUCCAAAAAGUACAACCAAAGAAAUUGCUGCACUAGCACCUAAUAAACCUUUAAAGGAAACUUCUACAGAGUCUUCGAAUAAGGAGAAUUUUUCAAAAUAUUCAACUUUGGAUAUUGCAAUGCCAACUUCUGGUCAAACAUUAAAGCCAACAUCCAUUGAUCCCUCGAAGGAAAUCCUUUCGGCAGAAAAUAACAAAAUCGACUCUAAGUUCGAAAAUAAGGAAUAUAAAGAUAAACCUCAAGAUACUACCGCUAAUAACAACCAAUUAUUAAUAGAAACCAAUUCUUCUAAUUUAAACAAAAUCCAAUCGAAUAUAAUUACAACCACAAACAACAAUUCCCAUAAGAACACUAUACAUCCUUGUUAUUCCAUUAGUCCUGAAAUAAGAGAUUACUUGGCCAUAAUAUCUUCCAGCGAUAUGAAUACCGUUAUCAGUAGUAUUGAGUGUGAAGAGGUGUUGGUUUGGUUUUUUGAUCGAUUUCGUGCAUGUGAUUCAUCAAGUCAACUACAGUUUGAUAACAAAACAGCCAUAUCACUAUUUGAGGGCAAGCUAUGGAUAGCCUGCAUGAAUAGCGCUACUUAUCAAUGGAUAUGUGCAAAUAUAACAAAAUAUUCCCAAAAAUCUUAUAAGAUUUUAACUUUAAAAGAUUCUAAACAUUUGUGUGAGGUGGUGGUGCCAGUGGUCUCGAAUAGUAAAAAUGUUUUGGAUAUUUUUGAUUUGUUGGAAAAACAAAAUAAGAAUAUCUCAACUUUAAAAUGGUCGCUACAAAGUCGUCGGAUCUUAUUAGAUUCGGAUAAAGAUUUUAAAGAAAAGUCCAUAUCAACAUUUUGUACCAAUGAAAUAUUUCUCAUUUUUAUGGAUACGCAAAGUAAAGAAUGUUUAGAAAAAUUAGGUUUUAAAUUAAAAUACUGUUUCUGGCAAAUAGUAUUUAAAUUUAGCUAAAUAUUUAAUAUAUUUGUGUAUAAAAAUAAACAAUAAAUGAAAAAUCUUAAAAUUUGUUACACAUUUAGUAUG